GCUCCGGAUUCUCCAUGUUGGACCCAAACUGAGGAGCCCGGAGCUGCCACCGGGGGAUCGGGGCCGGGGGCACCGGGGGAGCCGCUGCCCGGGCCGCCCGCCCUCUGUACAAGCCGCCUCCCUUCCCGGCCCGGGGAGGAAACAAGGGGGGGGGAUGUGAACAGCGGUGGGAAUCGGAGUCUUGGGAGCCGGAGUGGGCCCCCGCCCAGGCCCCCCAGCCCAGCCCAGCCAGCCUGCGCGCCCGCCCAGCCAGCCCGGGCCCGCGGGAUUGUUAGAUGGAACACGGCUCCAUCAUCACCCAGGCGCGGAGGGAAGACGCCCUGGUGCUCACCAAGCAAGGCCUACUCUCCAAGUCCUCUCCUAAGAAGCCGCGUGGCCGGAACAUCUUCAAGGCCCUUUUCUGCUGUUUCCGUACCCAGCAUGUUGGCCAGUCAAACUCUUCCACUGAGCUCGCCGCAUACAAGGAGGAAACCAACACCAUUGCUAAGUCGGAUCUGCUCCAAUGUCUCCAGUACCAGUUUUAUCAGAUCCCUGGGACCUGCCUGCUCCCAGAGGUGACAGAGCAAGAUCAAGGAAGGAUCUGCGUGGUCAUUGACCUGGAUGAAACCCUCGUGCAUAGUUCCUUUAAGCCAAUCAACAAUGCUGACUUCAUAGUGCCUGUAGAGAUUGAGGGGACCACUCACCAGGUAUAUGUGCUCAAGAGGCCUUACGUUGAUGAGUUCCUGAGACGAAUGGGGGAGCUCUUUGAAUGUGUUCUCUUCACUGCCAGCCUGGCCAAGUAUGCUGACCCUGUAACAGACCUGCUGGACCGGUGUGGAGUGUUCCGGGCCCGCCUGUUCCGGGAGUCCUGUGUGUUCCACCAGGGAUGCUAUGUCAAGGACCUCAGCCGCCUGGGAAGGGACCUGAGGAAAACCCUCAUCCUCGACAACUCGCCUGCAUCUUACAUCUUCCACCCGGAGAAUGCAGUACCUGUGCAGUCCUGGUUUGAUGACAUGGCAGAUACCGAGUUGCUGAACCUGAUCCCAAUCUUUGAGGAGCUGAGCGGAGCAGAUGAUGUCUACACCAGCCUUGGGCAGCUGCGGGCUCCUUAGCCCUCCUGCUUCCAAGAAGCGGCCAUCCCAGUAGGGGACUUUGCUACACUGUGCCUUUCUGAUCCGCCUGACUGACCCAGCUGAGCUGAAGCUGGAGCACCUGGCCAAAAGGGGCCUGGGACCUGCCUGCACCCUGAAUUGGGUUCCCAGGGAGAGAGAGAGAGAGAGAGAGAGAGAGAGAGAGAGAGAGAGA